CUCUGUCUCUCCAUCUAACCCCCCCUCUCUCUCCUCCCUCUCUCUCCUUCUUUCCCUCUGUGUUUUUCUCCAGAGACUUCCAGUUUUUGAACACCACACUGUUCUUACCUACUGGCCCUCCACCCCACACGCACACGAAGAGAGAAAGAGCCACAGAAGCCAUGUUUCCUCUCCGUCUACCCCUGUUGGCCGCAUUGGUCACAGUGGCCCUGUGCCAGUAUUAUGACUACGACUACCAGCCUGUUUCCAUGCUGGGACCCUCAGGGCCCAAUUGUCAUCAAGAAUGCGAGUGCCCAAUAAACUUCCCAAGCGCCAUGUAUUGUGACACCCGCAAGCUCAAGUUUGUUCCAUUCGUCCCAACAGGGAUCAAGUACCUGUACCUCCAGAACAACCAGAUUGAAGAGAUCAAGGCAGGAGUGUUUGAUAAUGUUACAGAUACACUUCGCUGGCUGGUACUUGACAACAACCAGAUUACCAAUGGUAAGAUCGAAAAGGGCACGAUCGACAAACUCACAGUCCUGGAGAAGCUGUUCUUUAGUAACAACGAACUAACAGAGCCAAUCAUCCCUCCCUCAAAGUCCCUCGAUGAGCUGAAGAUGAUGCACAACAAGUUGUCCAAGUUUCCCUCUGGACUCUUGUCCGACAAGGAGAAUCUGACCUCCAUCAACCUUCAGCACAAUCAGCUGACCUCCGAUGCCAUCGCAGGGGCGUUCAAAGGGCUGAAGAAGCUGCUGUCUCUGGAUGUGAGCCACAACAAGCUGAAGAAGCUGCCGGCCGGAGUCCCUAGUUCACUGGAAAUGCUCUAUGCUGACUACAACGACAUUGAUGGUGUCGGAGCAGGAUACCUGAACAAGUUGCCCGUACUGCAGUACCUGAGGAUCUCCCACAACAAGCUGGUGGACUCCGGGCUCCCUUCUGGAGUGUUCAACACUACAUCGCUGGUGGAGCUGGACCUGUCUUUCAACAAACUGCAGUCCAUCCCUGAGGUCAACGAGCAGCUGGAGCAGCUGUACCUCCAGGCCAAUGAGAUCAACAAGUUUGACCUGUCAAGUUUCUGCAAGUAUGUUGGAAUCUCCAGCUUCUCCCGUCUCAAGCAUCUGCGUCUGGACGCCAACAACAUCACACACAGCAGCAUGCCCCCUGAAUACUCCAACUGCCUGCGCCAAGCUUCAGAUAUCAUGUUUGAAUAAGGAACCUCCCUCCAACCCAUGACAUCCCCAUGACCCUCUUAUAUACUAAAAUGGCACAGCUCAGCCCAAAGCCUUCUGGAUUUAAAUUAGUAUCGCUCCUUUCAUAGGACACGCGUGUCUUUGCACAUAAGUAGUAUGCAAAUCUGAGCUACUGUAGUGGCAUCUUCAUCAGUUAAAUGUAUACCAAGAGCUGGGCCGAUUUGAGAUACGAUACUGAAAUUUUUUUUUGCAACAAAACAUGUUAAAUUUAACCAGUGUUUGCAACAUUUGGCUCUGAAUAUUAAGUAUUCUGAUUGUGUUCUGAUUGUAUGCAGGCAAAUGAAGUAGAAGAAAAAACAAAAUAUAUAAUGGUCUAUGAAUAGAUAAUAAUUCAUAGUCAAACACACACUUUAAACAUUCCUAAUUUGCAUUUUAUUAUGUUGAAUAAAGACAAUGGGGUAAACAUUGCCUCCAAUGUCUAAAUUCAAUAGUAGUGUGUUGUUUUGUUGUCUGUCUUGUAUGUUCCAGUGUUUAGCAUGUAUAAUAGAUUGUGGGUACAAUAAUUAAUCCAUUGCUGUGCAAAGGAGCAGCAAAUAAGGACUGCAUAUUCAGAUUUCAGUGUAUAAAGCCUAAUGUGAUAAAUGAUGAACAAAUGUAAGAUAGCACAUAGCAGUCACAUUUGCAACAUCUUGAAUGAAUCAAAGUGGUUUUAAGGGAAAUACCAGCGUUAUUUAGUCAUGUCCUGCCUUCUCUUCUCCUUGACAGAUUGAUGUUUUUGAACUGAGGUUUCCAUUCCAAAAUGGGCGUCCUACUCCUUAAAUCAAUAGAUGUUAAGUAGGACUUUGGUGUGUCUGUCGAUGUUGGUGUUCAGAAGAAUAAAGAUUAAAGGACAUUGGUAUUAUCCCUUGAAAUGACUCAGCUAAACUUUGAGAUGAUAGUAUGAUGUUUUCUUGAAAUCACAAGUCAAAUUCUUUCUGAUUCCUAGCUGUUACUGUCAUGCGCAUUGCUGAUUUGUAUACAACAUUUGCAUUACUUGCAUGCAACCAAUGGUACCAUUCUUUGAUAAUAAACUACAGCUUUUGCAGUUAAGGUGCUUUUAUUGUUACGUUGUUGUUUACCCUGUUUGAUGAAUGCUACCAAUACAAAGUCAACCUUGGCAACAGUGUCACGUUGAUAGUAGUCAUGUUAUUAGAAUAUCACGUUUUGUUUUCGCUAGUUUUUCAUUUCAUCGUGAUGUCUUUUGUGGCUUUUGACUCAGUAACUGGAUUUGAACUUGGAUUUAAUGUGAGGAAACCAAAAACAGUUGAAUAAACUAUAUUUCCAACAUAA